AUGGCGCAAAAUUUCCUGUACAUGUUCGAAUUUGUGGUCGAUGAUUUGCUGGUGACUCGACCAAAUUAUUGCGCUCCCGACGAGUAUCCAACAUGCUGUGAAGUAUCAUUUCGUAAUAGUGUGUUCGUGUCAAUAUGUGAUCGUGAAUAUGGUCACUGCGUCGAUCCAAAUGCAUCGAAAUGUGGCAAAUGUUGCCUUUUCUCCUUGGAAAGUCCCAUCCAAGAUUCGGAUCGUCUGAUGCUGCACGUGUACAAAAAGAAAACGGAUAAAUGUAAAUUCCUUAUCGGGUGUACAGAUAUGCCUAUUCGGGGUCUUUUCGAUAAGGUUAUGGAAAGUUUUGAAAUUGAAAAUCCAAAUUGGGAGGAUGGUUUAAAGAAGCACAUACAAACUAUGCCACAGGCGGGUGUGCCACCAAAAUGUCCCGCCAUUGUCGAUAAUGAUUGCAACGAAGAUAGUAUGGGAAGAAAGGAACAAUUGUGUCCCACAUCGGAGUUGACAAAACGUCUCUUGCCGCUGUUCAAUUUAAAUGGUUGUCAAACGGGGAAUAUUGUUAUGAUUAUACGGCUGGUGGCCAAUGGACCGACAAUUGUGUCUUCAUUCCCCUUUGCGAAAAUAUGCAAUGCGGGUUGUAAUAAAACGUGUAAUAGUGAAACGGAAACUACGGUACGUUGCGUGAGUUCACCUUGCAAUGGUUGUCCAGAACUAGAUGACCCGUGCUUUACUCCGGAGAAGAAACAGAUUUGUCAACGUUAUUUUGCCUGCAAUACGGAUAAGGGUUGUCCGUGUGAUGAGGUUGAAGAUGAGUGUGCCAGGGCUCCAAAAUGUAAGGAACAAAAAUGUCAUCUGCAAAAAUGCCAGGGAGCAUCAUCAUGUGGUGUUCAGAAAAGGCCUCAAGAAUCGAUGGCCAAUAAAGGGGGAUGCCAGUCAACGGUGGGUGCGGAUUGCUCCUGUGAUGAUUGUGCCAAUGCAUGUGAAGCAGAUCCAUGCGACCCCUGCAACGUUUGCAUGCAACCAUGUUUUGUAACGCCACGAAAACCUGAACCAGGACCGGAUGCUUAUGAUGAAUUUGAGGCAUGCCUCAAUGGCAGUGGUUUGGUAAUACGUGUCCUAAAGGAUAGCCAUUGUGUUGAGAGUGUAUGUGAUGGUACGGAAAACUUUCAAGACGAUCAUUCCAGUGAGGAGGGUUGUGAAAAGUCCAAUCAUGCCGAUGGUUCAUGCACAGUAGAUAAGUUAUUGGAACGCAGUUCCUUUGCUCGUAAUCACAUCAGACGUCGUACCGGUGGCCAUAUUAUCAAUCAUCCCAAAUUACCAAAAAUACGUGCCAACAUUAAGUACUCGGGCAAUGAUGCCUGUUGUCCGCCCGAGAGUUAUCAUGUACCCUAUUCCAAAAUUAAACAAUUCUGUAAUGACCAGGAGAAUAAACUUGAAAGUUAUCGCAGCCGUCGCAGUCGUUCACGUGGCGGUGGUGGUGGAGAUUGUGGCCCAGUCUGUCCACCAUUACAUCCGAAUGAUAAUAAACAUUGCUGCAUCCAAGUGGAUCGUGAUGAUAUCCGUAAUGCCACGAAGGGUGUCGAUUAUGAUAUGCGUAAGAAGGGAAUUGAGGUUUGCUACAAGACCUGCGAUGAAACUGACACAGAUGUCUUUUUGGUAAAGUUGGGCAGCAAACAAAAAUGCCAACACAAAAAGAAUAAUAUCGAAAUUGAAUUGAAGACACCGAAACAGCCGAUUGUGUUGCCAAGUCGUCGCGUAACCACCGAGACACAAAUCGAUGAGGUGGAAUUGGAUGCAGCCUUGUUGGGUGUCUGCAAGGGUAAGAAAAAGGGCAAGAAAGGCAAGAGCAAGAAAUAAUGGAA